AUGGCCGCUGGUGAUGCGACCGCGACUGCUUCUCCCGUGGGCCCGCUCAUGACCGACGAGAAAUACAUUCAGGGCAUCAACGACAAAAGCUCGGGCGAUGUUCCGGGCACCGACCUCGCGACGGGCCAGUCCGACGAGGGCCUGAAGCGUGAGCUGCACUCUCGCCAUCUGCAGUUCAUCGCCAUCGGUGCUGCCCUUGGAACUGGUCUGUUCCUGGGGAUUGGCGGUGCCCUGUCCAAGGCCGGGCCCGGUUCUCUCUUCAUCUCCUUCUUGUUCCUCGGAUCCGUCGUGUACUCCAUCAUGGUGGCACUGGGAGAGAUGGCGUCGUAUAUCCCCGUCACGGGUGCCUUCACCGUGUAUGCUUCGCGCUUCAUGGAUCCCACUCUUGGUUUUGCCAUGGGUUGGAUCUACUGGUUUAGCUGGGUCAUCACCAUCGGCCUCGAGCUGACUGCCAGCGGUCUCAUCAUCCAGUACUGGACCGAGUCCGUCAGCAUCGGUGUCUGGAUCGCCAUCUUCUGGGUUGUCUUUACUGCCGCCCAGUUCUUGCCGACGUUUGUCUUUGGAGAGAUGGAGGCAUACCUGUCCAGCAUCAAGGUCAUCACCAUCAUCGGCUUCGUCAUCUUCGGCAUCUGCGUCAACGCCGGCGUCGGUGACCAGGGCUACAUUGGCUUCAAGUACUGGCGGGAGCCCGGUGCGUUUGCUCCGUACUUGGUCGACGGCAAGAUUGGCCAGUUUGUCGGCUUCUGGACGGUGCUCGUCACGGCCGGCUUCAGCUUCCAGGGCACGGAGCUGGUCGUCAUCGGAGCCGGUGAGACGGCCGACCCGCGCAAGGCCAUCCCGACGGCCAUCCGCUGGACCUUUUGGGCCGUCUUCCUGCUCUUCAACUGCACCGUCUUCUUCGUCGGCAUCAACGUGCCCUACGACAACCCCGACCUGCAGAACGGAUCGACCGACGCCUCCGCCUCGCCUCUCGUCAUCGUUGCCAAGCUCGCCGGCAUCCAGGCGCUCCCUUCCAUCAUCAACGCCGUUCUGCUGACUGCCGUCCUGUCGGCCGCCAACUCCGACAUCUUCUCCAGCAGCCGCAUCUUGGUCGCCAUGGCUGGAGAGGGCCACGCGCCCGCCUUCUUCAAGCGCGUCAACAAGUACGGAACCCCUUACUACGCCGUGGCCGCCUGCUCCGCCUUUGGCCUUCUGGCCUUCCUCAACCUGUCCAACAACGGAACGACGGUGUUCAACUGGCUGCUCAACAUCACGGCCGUUGCCGGCUUCAUCAGCUGGGCGCUCAUCAACCUGUGCCACAUCCGCUUCAUGAAUGUGCUCAAGUAUCAAAACAUCCCCCGUGACGAGCUGCCAUACAAGGCUCCUUUCCAGCCUUACCUGUCAUGGUUCGGCUUCUUCUUCAACGUGCUGAUCCUGUUUACCAACGGCUUCACCGUCUUCAUCGACUGGGACACCAGCUCCUUCUUUGCGGCCUACGUCAGCCUCAUCCUCUUCAUUGUCCUCUAUGUCGGACACAAGAUUGUCUACAGGACCAAGUGGAUACCGGUGUCCGAGGUGGACAUUUCCAAGGGCCGAUCGGAUGCGUAA